CUACAAAUGAAGAUUAGAGGAAUAGCACGUCCUCAGCACCACUCACCCUUCCAAUAUGACACCAUCCUCAACUUCCCUGCAACAGUUUCUCACUCCGCCGCCGCUUCGGCCGGCAAGACAGGCAGUUAGGAAGGUGGCAGCUAGUUUUACGGCGCAGGAGGAGGUGAAGGUGAGGGCCAAUGCAGAGAGGCUGGAGUCGAGAGUGGAGGAGAAGGAGGGGGGUUACUGGGUGCUUAAGGAGAAGUUCCGGGCUGGGAUAAAUUCGCAAGAGAAAGUGAAGCUGGAAAAGGAUCCCAUGAGUCUUGUUUUUGAGGACGGAAUUCGGAAGGUAGCGGCGACGCCGCUCGCGGAGAUUGAGGCGUGCAAGUCCGGCAAGGAUGAUAUCGACGUGCGACUCAAGUGGCUUGGCCUUUUUCACCGUCGCAAGCAUCACUGUACGUCUCUCUCCGGCAAAUAUUAUGUGUGGCACAGGCAUGUCCAUUGGCAACGCAUGCACACACGUACACACAUAAUGUCACAUCUAAUCUUGGGGAUAAGCAUUGAAGCGUGGCCUUGUGUUUUAGGGAUAUCCUUAAAAUAAUAUAAAUUGUUAUA